AUGUCUAGCCCCUCGAGCCCACAAUCUCCUCUACAAGCUGACCCGAAUCGAGUCGCACAAGCUGCACUGCAAAGAAUAGCCCAACCAGUGAAUCCUGGAGAGACUGAAGAGCUGCGGUACGAGCAUGAGCGGCCUAUUAGACAGAAGUUCCGACGACUGGUGGACCCAGGGAUUGUGCGCGACAAUAGCGAAGCUGAUGCAAAGAGAGCACUUGGCGUAUUGCUGAAAUUAGCAGAAAACUUGCUCUCUGACCCCGAGAACCCCAAGUUUCGAGAGUUCAAAUCGACUAAUACUACGAUCCAACGUGCGCUGAUUGAUCCAAAAGGAGCGAUAGAAUUUGCGAUUGAAAUGGGAUUUCGAGCUACCGUACACGAAUUCCAACCUAAAUACGUCUGGCACUCUAGUCCGGAAAAUCUUAUUGCGCUUCGAGUUGGCAGGGACGUCCUGAAAGGACAUAUUGAGCUCGCAACUUCAAAAGAGGAGCGAACUGAUUUAAGCCAGCGGAUGGCCAAGGCAGAGAAAACGGCGGCGGUUCAGAAUGCGCUAUUGGCCUUUGAGGAUGAUCGUAAACGUAGGAAAGCACUAGAUCAGCGCAUGAAACAGGAUGGCUAUCCGACCACUCCUUCCAAAGUCCCAACAACAGUAGUUCCACCAGCUUCUCCUCAAUUCAGUAUCCAAGGAGAGGGGCAAACACUGGGCACCGCGUCUGCUCGUCGGGGAUUUGUGCAUGAAGACGAGGAUAAGACUGCCACAGAGUACUAA